UAAAAUGUCAGUUAACAUAACCGACACAUUGGAAACCUACACCAAAGUCUUCACAUUUGGUGCUGUCGAUUAUGCUGUUUUUAUUUCGAUGUUAAUUGUUUCGGCCGGUAUUGGAGUGUAUUUUGGAUUUUUUUCGGGUAAAAAUGAUACGGCCGAUGAAUAUUUACUUGGCGGUAGAAACUUAAAAGCGUGGCCCGUUGCUAUUUCUUUGGUUUCAAGUCAGUUAUCAGCAAUAUCAAUUGUGACAAUACCGUCGGAAAUGUAUAGUUUUGGUAUAACAUUUGCAUUUACAAUGGUUGCAAUGUUUCUGGCGCUUCCGAUCUUGAUGUAUGUUAUUGUUCCAGUAUUUUAUAAUAAUAACAUUUCGAAUUGUUAUGAAUACUUGGAAUUGAGAUUUAAUAAAACUACCCGACAAAUUCUGACGUUAUCCUUUGUAUUGACUGGAUAUUUGUUGAUGCCUGUAUUCAUAUUCAUACCUGCUUUAUCAUUUGCACAAGUGACAGGUGUUAAUAUUCAUCUUAUAAAUGGCAUUGUCUGUUCUAUUUGCGUUUUCUACACCAUGCUGUUUCAUUGUUUCACUGGAAUUAUUAUGUAUUCGAUGUACCACGAUUGUGAUCCACUUAAAAUAAAGAUUGUUGACAAACCAGACAAAAUGAUGCCCUUUUUUGUUCAAGACGUUGUUGGACACUUAAAAGGCAUGCCCGGACUCUUUAUAUCAUGUGUUUUCAGUGCAGCUUUGAGCGCAAUGUCAGCAAGUAUGAAUUCUUUAGCAGGAAUUUUUUACUUCGAUUAUAUCAAGCCCUUCGUACGACACACAGAAAGAAAAGCAAAUUAUUCCAUGAAAGGUUUUAUUUUAUUAACUGGAGUCUAUUGUGUUGCUGCUGGAUUUUUAGUUGAAAAAUCUGCAUCUCUCCUUCAAACUAUUAUGACUAUCGGCGGAGUAGUUCAAGGAGCUAUGGUUGGAGUUUUUUUGUUGGGAUUUUUAGUACCAAAAGCUAAUGGAAAAGGUGCAUUAAUUGGCCUUUUGUCAAGUAUGCUUGCCAUACUUAUUCUUGUAACUGGCGCCCAACGAAGAAUGGAAGCUGGAAAAUUAGCAUACAAUCCUUUACCAACCAGAGAUGAUGGUUGUGAUCGUUUUAAUUAUACAUUGCAUGGAUCAAUUUUUAGAUCAAAUGUUACAAAUGAUAUAGUUCAUGAAGUUCAUGACGAUGAAGGAUUUUCAAUUUUUCAAAUCUCUUUUCAAUGGUAUACUGUAUUGGGUAUAUUUGUUGUCUGGCUAGUUGGUAUUCCUUUGAGUUAUAUCAUUCCAGAUAAUAAAAAACUAGAUCAUAAUCUACUAUCGCCAGUUAUAAGAAAGUUUGUUAAAUAUGAUAGUGUUAAAACUGAUGAGUAUCCAAUGAAGAAGUGAUAUUUUUAAAAUAAGACAAGCAAAACAUUUUAUUUUAUUUCAAUAAUUGAAAGCUAAUAUUUAAUUACAAAAACAAAAUAAACAUAUUGUAAAAACAAGACAAUACCUUAAAAAUUGUUAAAAUAAAAUAUUUAUUUAUAAAAACAUGAUUUUUUUUUCUUGAACAUAAUAU